UGCAGCAGACGGUAGCUAAACAUCAAUGGCGGGAAUCACUUUUUCCAAACGUCUUAUUCUAGGCGUGUUUUCUCGCGGUUUUACACAGAAGGCGAUUUCUCUAAAAAUGACGCCUCAUGACUACCCAACUGUUAAGGGAUCGGAAUACUGGAGGAGAAAAAUUCGCACUAUCUUUAAGGGAAUGGAUGCAACUAGAGACGGAUAUUUAACAAAGGAAGAUUAUGAAUUGAGUGGCCAUCGCCUUGCAAGUUAUAUGAACCUCGAUGAAAACAAGGCAAAAGAGGUGCUGAAACUUCGCGUAGACGGAUGGGAAGCAAUUAUCAAAGAUCCAAAGAAUUCUGAAGUGUACAGGAUGUCUGAAGACGGGUAUAUAUCUGACCUGCUAGCUGUAAUCAAUACCAGUUUCCGUGACGCGCUUGUAUCUUUGGCCAGUCGUGAAUUCGAUUUUUAUGAUCUUGACGGAAACGGUUUCAUAUCCUCAAAGGAGCACAAAGCGUUAUUCUACAGUUUGGGAAUUCCAACGGAUUACUCGGCAGACGCCUUUAAGGCACUGGAUACCGAUGGCGAUGGCUUCAUAAGCAGAGAAGAAUACAUCCAAGGCGUAGCUGAUUUCGUGUUUAGCGAAGAUGAAAACAGCCCUUACACACAUUUCUUUGGGCCACUGAUUGAAUAGGAAUAUAAGCCACACCUCAUUAGUAACCAUUCAGAAUAAGAUUUGAUAAUUGGCUUUUCGGCUCAAUGCGCGUUACUGUUAAGACACCGAUUAAUAUUUUGAGCGUAAAUUAUAAAACAACCUGUGAAAUAAGAUAUUAACAUAGGUGUCAAAAAACAACCGAUGACUUAUAUCUGAUAAUUUUUGUUAAUUUCAAAUAGAUUUCCCAUUAGGGCAUAGCGAAAACAGUUGUCAGAAAUUGUAGGAAUGGAUGAACUAAUGUUAGCUUUGAUAAAGACACUGAAUACGAAACCUUUUUUUAUUUGUGUUUCAAUUUUCAAGUUGCAUGUCCCAAUUUUUG